AAUGGCGGAAAAUGGGAAUGCUACUGAGAAUAAUUCCGUUGAUAUUAAACAAGAGGACGAUUCAGAAAAUGAAGCCUCUUCAGAUAAUCGGACCUAUUUUUCUGAUUAUCGUGUAAUGCCUGGAUCACAACUCGAUAGCAAGCAGAUUUUCACAGACUUAUUAGGCAAGACUGUGAAGGCUAAGCCGGUUCUGGUGGAUUUCAAAAGACUGCUUCAAGUUGGAAAAGCCGACAGCAAAAAUGGAGUUAUUGAUGGGAUUUCUAACCAAGAGCUUCUUCAUGCAGUAGUUGGUUUAUAUGAUGUUUCACUGUCAGAAAUGACUCCAGAUGUUCUCUAUUCCACCGUGUGUGAAAAGUGGGCCAGAACAGUUGUGCUUGUCAGAGACACUCAAGAGGUGCUUGAAGAAGUUAAAAAUAGGAAGAACAUGUGUGCAGACAGUGAGCAGGUUGAUUCCAACUCUGCCGAGAGCUCUGCAGGUGACUCUGAGACAGAAGAAGUGUCUGCUGCCGGAGACAAAGAUGCAUAUGAACCAGAAGAGAGUAAACCAAGUGUGUUCUGUGGAGUGUUCAGUGACACGGAGGAUGAAGAGGAAGAAGAGGAGGAAAGUGAUGAAGAAGAUUUUUCAGUCGGUAUUAAUGCUUUUAUAAAAGAAGCCUCAACACGGAGGAAAAAGAGAAAGGAAAACAAAGAUGUGAAAGAGGAAGAUAUCGGUGUGGAAAGCAGACUUCUCGGCUGUGCCACUUUUGAAAAGAAAUUUGUGAAUCACAAAGAUCGUGUGAUUCAUCUUACUUUAAUCGCUGUCAGAGAAAGAUUUAGGAAUUUUGGUAUUGGCAAAUAUCUCUUAUCUCUUGUGACAUCUCAGAAUGUUGUUGGUUCCUAUGAGGCUGUGGUCGUACAUGCAGACAAUGCUGCCUUAAAGUUUUUCCAGAAAUACGGAUUCUCAGAUGAUGUGGUUUUAAACAGUAGGUUCAGUGAACUUGCAGAGCAGUUUACCAAUUGCACUUUGAUGUGUUAUUUACCCGGAUUUUCAGGGUCUACACUGCUGAAGACAGCUUGUGUACCUGGAAUUGAAUUCUUUGAAUUGGAACUUGAUUUUAACAAAUGGAAGGACAAAACUUUGGAGGCGUACCAAGCUCAGGUUGGACUGGUGAUGAGAAUGAAGCAUGAAGUACUACAGCUCAAAUCUGUUGUGAAGGCACAGUCAGAACUUCUGACGCAGAUUGCCAUGGAGAACAAUAAACUGAAGAUGGAAAAACUGGCUAUCGAACGAGACUUCAUUUCUUAUAGACUGUCAAAAGCAACUUCACAGUCUCUGACACUUCACAGCAAGUUUGAGGAGUUAAACCAUCAUGAUGAUGAUGAGAAUGAUGACAUUUGUACUGAGGAGUUGAUCGAAGAUCUCCAGCGACAAGUGGACAUGAUGCAGGCAAGUCUUCAAGGCAAAUAUCUGCAUGCUGUUAGCAGUGAUGGUGGCAACAUACACAAAGUCACGUCCAUAGGUUCAUCUAACUACGUGUCCUUUCCGAAUAUUUGUGUUCGAAGUCAGCAAGACCCAUAUGAUCACACACAAGACGCAACCAUGUUUUAUAAUAUCACUGAAAAUUUCAUACAGUCCAUGAAAUCCGACCCAAAUGUCAAAACAUCAUACGAGGUCACAUCUGUUGCCAAAGCAACGUUAUCAGAAGACGUAAAGGAAAAUUUCAACAGAAGCCGACAAAAGCUUCACAAUUGUGACUUGGUAACAGAGCUCUACUAUUGUGGUUCUCUGGAGAGACCCAUGAGGAUACCGGAGAUACUCAGACAUGGUUUUUCUGAAGAAGAUUUUACGCAUGGAGAUUAUGGAAGAGGUCUUUACUUUUCAAAACAGCCAUCAACUGCCGCUCAGUUCUCUGCAUUGGGUAAACUGUUGUUAGCUGAGGUUGGUCUGGGUACUGUGGAAACAGUUAUAAAAGAAGACCGUACAAGAAAGAGGCCAAAGGAUGGUUUUGACAGUAUCAUAACACCUGGUCGUCUCGGCAUGGAUGCGUGUGGUAAUGAUGAGUUCUCUCUGUAUCAGGAAUACAUCGUGUUUGACGAGUCGCAAGUCAAACCCAUCUGUCUGAUCUCAUACCAGGCCGCCACUUGAUGUCCACGAGUCCUGUCACUGUACACACACCUUUAUGUGAUAGCAUUUCAUUAUAUAGGAGAGAUAGUCUGACAGUUCACUAGCUAACAUACAGACAUACAUAUAAUGUGUUAAUCGUCUUAUGCAUCUGUGGUUGUAAAAUUAGAAGAAAAAAAAAGUUUUUUAAUUCCCUCCAAAUUGAUUUUUAUCUGUAAUAAUGGAAUGAAGAAUAUUCUUGGGUGAGAGGGAUAGUUGUGGUUACUAGUAAUACUCAAGGUUCUGUCUUCAUAUGUUUUGCUUAAUAUGAUAUCAGGAAAAGCAAAUAAAACUAGACUAGGAUACCAGCUAUAGGUGGUGAGUUUUUCACUUCAACUGGAAAUAUAUUUGUGUUAUUAAAACUAGAAGGUGGUUUUGAUUGAAAACAUAUUGUACAAUUUAUUGCACAAAGAACAAAAGGAUUGGCACAUGUUUCCCCAUUUACAAGGCCAUCUUCUGUACACAUACAAUACACUUAACAACAAUAUAGCAGGAUGUUUUAUUUACAGCUUCAUUUCAGUUGUAACGGUUAACUUGGGGAAAGCAGUACAAUGCAUAAGGAAGGUGGUUGGUGUAGUAUGUGUAUUUUUCUAUUAGGCUUCGAACAUGUUGACUAUUUUUCAGUUAGGCUUUGAACAUUUUGUCUAUUUCAUGUCAGCGCAUUUUAUUAUGAUACCAGUGAUAUGAAUGAUGAUGUAGCAGCAGCAGCGAUGAUCUUUGUUUUGCCUCUAUUGCUGAUGCUAGGGUACAUUAGGGUAUAAAUGAUGAUGAAGUCUGUGAAAAAAAUUACUAUUUUUUUUAAAUCUUGAAAUCAAGUGCAAAAAUAUACAGAGUACUUGACUGAAUCAGAUUUACUGUCAUAAUGAUUUAUAGUAUAAUUCUUUGUGAUAAAUUAGUACAACCUUACUGAAGUGUUAUGUAGAUAUGUGAUAUUUGUAAUUUUUUUAUUAAUGUGGAUAUAUUUAGUAUCCAUUCAUCAAUAUGUGUAUAUUUUGCAUUUUUAUAUGUAAUUUAUUGAGGUCAAACAUGCCAAAACAAUUAAGGUUGAUCGGUGGAAGUUCAGAACUGCUGUUCCACCCCACCAUGUGUUGAUAUGCUUUGAACUUGUUGACUGCAUGAUAUACAGAUGUUCACAUGUACAGAUGGUGUAUACAUAUUACGCAGUUAGUAUACACAUGAUAUACAAAUGUUCACAUGUACAGAUGGUGUAUGAUGUUAUACAGAUGUUCACAUGGUGUAUACCUAUUAUGCAAUUAGUGUUCACAUGUCAUACAGAUGUUCACAGGUACAGAUGUGUUCACAUGUUAUACAGAUGUGUUCACAUGUACAAAUGUGUUCACAUGUUAUACAGAUGUUUACAUGUUAUACAGAUGUUCACAUGCACAGAUGAUAUACACAUGUUAUACAGAAGUUCACAUAUACAGAUGGUGUAUAAUGUUAUAUAGAGGUUCAUGUUAUACAGAUGUUCACAUGUACAGAUGGUGUGUUUUGUUAUACAGAUGUUCAUGUGAACAGAUGGUGUAUGAUGUUAUACAGAUGUUCACAUGUUCUGAUACUGACAGUGUAUGUGUGUUUUUCACUUGAUUGUAUGCUGUGCUGAAUUCUUUGACGAGUUAACUUUCAGAGAGUAGUAGUUUUUAAUGUAUCCUAACCAAACUGAGAUGAGGGUGCUAUCGUGUAAUAAACUAUUCUAAACUAACAGACCAUACUGCUUUUACUAUAGGUCAUGUGAUAUAUAAAUUAAGUAUUACUUUAUUUUUUACCUUCUUGUGGAUAUAUUUAGGUAUCCAUCCGUCCAUUAACAUGUCUUUAUAUUAUUUUUUAAUAUGACUAAUAUUUUAUUAUUUAUUUGUUAGCUUUUGGCCAUCUGUUUAACUGUUUAAUUUAAUUAAUAUGAUAUUUAAUGAUUCCUAAAGUUCAGACUAAGGUGAUACUUUUUUUUCAAAUCACUAUUGUAAGCAUAAUUAUGCUACUUAAAAUUUGUAGGACAUGUACAAUUUGAAUGUAAAUCUAACACUGAAACCUGUUUAUAAUGAUGACCUAAAUCAUGGCCUGAGUUUAUCAGGUGUCCUUUAUGUACAGGUCCAGUUAUCUGCAUUGUAUUAUAUAUAUCGGUAUAUAAAAAUAAUAGGCUCUUUGUAAACCUGGUAGUCAUACAAGGUUCAUUUAAGUCCAGUUUUGAGUGAAUUUGUUCUGCAUUUGUAAACAAUAAGUGUGCAGUCAAACCAAAGUUAAUGUUUAGCUCCACAUUUUUUAUAUUAUUAUAAAUGUGUUAUUAUAUUUGUGUUUAAAAAAAUGUAUAAAAAAUAAUAAUAACUUCAGAUAAGACUUUGGCUGCUUUGAUCGUCAGUAUUUUUCUGAAGGUCAAAUUAAAGUAAUGCAUUUUGUCACUGGGCUGUGCAAGGAAAACUACUGCACUUUGAUAUUUGUCUUUGUAACCAGGAAGUCAAAAUUGACAGGCAUAAUUAGGGUUGUUCAUUUGUUAUAAUUAUGUCAAUAGUUUUUAGGAGGAUGGCAUAUUUUCCAUGAAAUUGAAGAAAGGAACCAAAAAGAAAGAAAAAAAAGAGGAAAAAACAAUGCAGUAUUCAGUAAAUAGUUUUUCUUUUGUUUUUUCUUCUUCUUUUUUUGUAUAGUACUUAAAGCUGCAUGCCGUACAUUUUUUUUUUUUUUUAUCAGAAACAGCACACCAAAAACUCAGGAUUUUAAAAUGAAUGAUAGGUGUCGAAAGCAUAAUACUCUGAAUGUUUAGCAACGAAUAAAAGCAAGACAAUUUAAAGCUGGUAGAAAAAGGGAUAAAAAAAUAAUAAUAAUAAAAAAGGGAAGAAAAAUACCAUAAUUAAUUGUAUGCAUAUAAAUGUGUGUUUUGAAGUGCUUAUUCUACACGUGACAAACCAUUGUAUGUUUAUAUUUUUGCAAUUUGUAAUAAAAUAUUUCUAUUUUC